UCUGUAAUAGGACGCCCUCCCGGAAGUGGGCUCUAGAUCGGGCAGUGGAAGUGGUAGCCGGCUGCUCCCGGGACCAGGUCUCGGGAGGUCGUUGUUGAACUAUUUCUCCAAGUUUCUUUCCGAUCCUUCCUGCGUCUUCUAGCUCCGGGGAGUGAGGAAACGUCUCCACCAUCAUGGGAGGCGGAGACCUGAAUCUGAAGAAGAGCUGGCACCCGCAGACCCUCCGCAACGUGGAGAAAGUGUGGAAGGCUGAGCAGAAGCAUGAGGCUGAGCGGAAGAAGAUUGAGGAGCUUCAGCGUGAGCUGCGGGAGGAGAGGGCCCGGGAGGAGAUGCAGCGCUACGCGGAGGAUGUCGGGGCUGUCAAGAAAAAGGAGGAAAAAUUGGACUGGAUGUACCAGGGUCCUGGAGGGAUGGUGAACCGUGAUGAGUACUUGCUGGGGCGUCCUAUUGACAAAUACGUUUUUGAAAAGAUGGAGGAGAAGGAGGCAGGCUGUUCUUCGGAGACAGGACUCCUCCCAGGCUCUAUCUUUGCCCCGUCAGGUGCCAAUUCCCUUCUGGACAUGGCCAGCAAAAUCCGAGAGGACCCGCUUUUCAUCAUCAGGAAGAAAGAGGAGGAGAAGAAAAGAGAAGUAUUGAAUAAUCCUGUGAAAAUGAAGAAAAUCAAAGAAUUGCUGCAAAUGAGUCUGGAAAAAAAGGAGAAGAAGAAAAAGAAGGAGAAGAAAAAGAAGCACAAGAAACAUAAGCACAGAAGCCCAGGCAGCGAUCGUUGCAGCAGCGAGGAUGAGCGCAGCCGCGGGAGAUCUCAAAAGAGGAUGGCAAAUUCUCCGUCUGUUUUGUCCAAAGUCCCUGGAUAUGGCUUACAGGUCAGGAACUCCGACCAUAGCCAGGGACUGCAGGGUUCUCUGAUGGCUGAACGAAAGGGAGCGCAUGGGUUGAAAAAUUAUUCCAGGUCCAGAAGCUCCUCUUCCUCACCUCCCAGACAUACCAGCAAGAAGAGCACCAAGGAAGCAGGGUCCCGGGAUAGGAGGUCCCGAUCCCCUGGCAGAAGGUCUCGGUCCCCAAGGCCAAGCAAGCCGCACAACUCUAAGGUAAACAGGAAAGACAGAGGCCGAAGUAAGAGCCCGUCUCCUAAAAAGGAGGUUUACCAAAGGCGGUAUGCUCCUGGGUACACCAGAAAGCUCUCAUCAGAGGAGCUGGAGCGAAAAAGGCAAGAGAUGAUGGAAAACGCCAAGUGGCGGGAGGAAGAGAGGCUGAACAUCCUCAAGAGGCAUGCCAAGGAUGACGAGCGGGAGCAGAGGCUGGAGAAGCUAGACUCCCGGGAUGGGAAGUUUAUCCACCGCAUGAAGCUAGAGAGCGCAUCUACCUCCUCUCUGGAAGAUCGGGUGAAGCGGAAUAUUUACUCUCUCCAGAGAACCUCAGUAGCUCUGGAGAAGAACUUUAUGAAAAGAUGAAAGCCAUCCCCUGUCUUGCUGGUUUUCCUGAAAUUUCCAGGGAGGCUGCUGAUCCCUUAAAAAUUCUCUUUAUAAGAGUUCAAAUGGCUUCUUUCACAGAUGUCAAACCACCACUGUUCAAAGUGACUUUCCUUCAUGGAUUCCAGAAACAGCUCAGUUCUUUUGAGAACCAGUGUGACUUGCUCUAUGGGACCCUCGGUAACUUUUGCUGGGUGCAGAGUGGUUUUUUCAGUCAGUAGGCACUGGAACAUCUAGGUGUGAGCACUCAUCUUGCUCUGGAGGGAGCCUCCCUAUGCCUCUUCCCUCCACCUGUGUGAACAGACUUAACUAACUCUACCACCUCAGAAUAGACUGGACCUUUCAGAAACCUCUCCCCUCUGAAUCACCCAGAAAGAUUGUUCUUACCAACGUAAAUGAAUACUUAACUUGAUUUAGUAGAUGUGACAGAAUGAUGUCAGAUUAGGGCAGAGCCAAGGCAGUGACAAAGAAUCUGGAAGGGAAAAAAAUGCAGAAAACCCCCACAAAAACCCCCUAAAUGAACUGUUUAACUAUUUGAACUAUCAAACUGUAAAAUAUAGUGUGUGUAUAUGUAUAAGUUAUAAUUUUUACAUGCUUUUGGAAAAAAAGUUAGCUUUGUGAGAAUAUCUUGUUUGGUAAGUGACUUUACUAUGUAAUAGAACCUCAUUGUAUCUUGUUAUCCAGUAACACAGCAAGGCAGGUCAGCUUUUCUUUCCUCUGCAAAUCUGGCAGAUUUUGGAGGGGCCCAGGGUUUAUUGAUAGGAUCUAGGGUAUCUGUCCUUUUUACACAGCUUAUAGUCUCUGAUGUGUGGGCAGUGCAGAAAUGAAGUCAAAUCAUUUUAGGAGUCAGGACCGAACUCAGUAUGUACCCUGGCUCUUAAAGUAUAGUGGAAGCUGUUUAUUUCAUGCCUUCCCUUUUAUCAUGUAGUAAUCUUAUUAUGAGUCUAGGUUUUCAGGAGUUGUUUGGUAUUAUUUUUUAGUCAGGUAUUAAAAAAAAAAAAAAUCCAAACUCAUAGGAUCAAUCUCCUGUCUUCAUCCCUUUCCUGUCUCCUACCAGAAGUUCUCAUUUGACUCAGGAGUCCUAGGCACUCUUGAUCCACACAUUAGCUGGGCUAGUUCCUUGUUCUGCUAAUUCCUAAUUCUUAAACAAAUUUGGAUUUAUAUUUUUUGAGCACUUAUGCUGCCACACUGUUAUGCUUAAAACCCAGUCUUUCCCCAGAGAGAAAGUAACAUACACUUGUUAUUCAAUUUAACACCUUAUCCUGCUUCCCUAUACUAGGGUUAAUUAUGUCAUUUAUUUUAUUACUUGGUAAUAAAAACUACAUUUAUUUUUGUAACUGUG